UGUAGCGCACCACUUUUGGAGGAAUCCGCAACCUAAUCGGGCGUCUCGUCCACGGCAUGCCCGGGCACCGCCGGACUCGCGACAACGGCGGCGGCGGCAUGAUCCUCGGACCAGUAUCCUACCUCGACUGUAUCGUCUUUUGCAUCUUCCUUGCUCCGCAGCUUAUUUGGAAUGUCGGUCUGCUACCGACCAUCAAGUGCAUUCUGGAAGCGCUGCCGUUUGUUUUGUUCAAAAUCCCUAUCCAGUUCAUCUAUGAAAGAUGGCUCAGCUCUUCUGACAAGUCACCGUUUGUUCGGAAGGCGUCGCCGUUUGAGGACUUUGUCAUUCGAUGUGUGCGGUACGCCUUUGCGAAUAUCCCGCCGAAGAUUGGACGGGUGUUUUUCUCCAAGCGGGUGGCGCUGCCGUUUUUGAAGUUCCGCAUGUUAAGACAUGGGUAUUUGAGGAGUCCUAUGCAUUGGAGGGAACAUGUCACCGCGAAUUUUAGAGGUAUAUGGGUCAUAAAAGAUCCGCUGGCUACGCCGGACUUUGUUUUGUAUUAUGCCCACGGCGGCGGUUUCUCAUUGGGCUCGGCCUACUUCUACCUUGAGUUUCUUCUGAGCUGGGCAUCGGUGUUGUCUUCGUCCGGGUUUAAGAACCCCGCCAUCUUCGCGCUGGACUAUACACUCGUUCCUGAUGCUUCAUACCCUACUCAAAUCCAAGAGGCGAUCGAGGGAUACAGAUACGUUCUCAAGGUGGCACGCGACCCAGCCAUCGUAUGCGUCAGCGGUGACUCAGCAGGCGCAACACUGAUUUUGAGCCUCUUGCUGCAUCUCAGCUGCAAGGACGCCAGCGCAAAGAGGUAUGGAGUGGGCCUGCCAAUGCCAGGUCUGGCCGUCUUGAUCUCACCGUGGACGACUCUUGUAUCCUCACGACACACCAACACGACAAGCGAUUAUCUAAACGCCGAGCAGCUGAGUACGUACGGAAAGCAGUUCGCCGGCAACAAAAUCAAGUGGAGUGAUCCGCUGGUAUCGCCGGGAUGCUGCCAUGACGCGGCGUGGUGGAGGCGGGCAAGCCCGUCAAAUGGUAUCUUUAUUACAUAUGGGGAGGAGGAGGUAUUCUCACCUGAGAUUCAUGAUCUGAUCGCGAGGCUCAACGAAGCAGGCUUGCGGGUUGGGAGCGAAGUUGAGCCAGGCGGCAUCCACGCGUGGCCGGUGGCAUCGCUGUUUCUCUCAACUGCCCGCGAAAAGAGGUUGAAGGGGGUGAAUGGCCUAACGAUGGAAAUUAGAAAACGGCUCUCUACUUCGGAUGCGGCGAAACCAAGGUGAAGGCAAGUAGAUGUUAUUUUGUCAGAUUAGAUCAAGUUUUUGUUUGCCGUCAUCGACAUGCGGCGAAGA